AUGUCCCAAUACGGCAAAUUUCACAACUUUUGUCGCGAUACAGGCAGCGCGCGAUCAACACUGCCAGUGUGUAAUCUCUUUGACGAAUCGAUAUCAAGAGGAGGCAAUGGCUUUGGUGGAUGCGAGCUUCGAGGCAUCUCGCUGUCAGGCGACAGAUAUCUCGCCAACCUUGGUUCCAUAUUGAUCGACGGUCUGGCCAUCCUCAUCGCCCUGUUCCUGAUCUGGAGAUCGAACAGAAAGCGCGCUGCUGUUGGAAGAAGGGAAAUGCAAUUGUUCCUCGUUGGCUUCAUCCUCAUCUCGAUCUGCGAAAUCUUCACUAUUGGCUGGUUUCCUCUUAAUGGUGGCGUGCGAAGGGCCUUCACUGCCGUACACAUUGCUGCCAUCAUUGCAACUACAUGGAUUCUCCUCAUGAACGCUGCUGUUGGCUAUCAGUUCUUGGACGAUGGAACUUUCGUCUCGCUGGCUCUAAUCUUUGGUUCAGCUGCUAUUCUCUUUAUCGGCACUGGCUACAUUGCGCUCGACACUGGUUUCAGCUGGACUGGAUACUGGGAUGACACGCUUGUUGCUCCUAACCGCGCAUACGCUCUAUACACAUUGUACCAGCUUGUUCCGCUGGUCUUUCUCUUCAUCUUCUUCAUUCUGGAGGCUUUUAUCGUCAUCAGAGUGCUCGGCGAGAUCAGACCCAUGUUCUACCUCAUCGCAGCAGUGCUCCUCUUCGCUAUCGGACAGAUCUUCCAAUAUGUCAUCAGCGUACACCUUUGUAAUGCGACCAACGGAGCCAUCAACGGAGGUCUCUUUGAAUCACUAUUCACUCUCUUGGCCAUUAUCAUGAUCUGGGUCUUCUGGUCCAGCAUCACCGAAGACGACUGGCCUCUACCCUCGACUGAGACCAGCACAUACAACUGA